GCAGUGUCUCCUGCUCCAAGCCAACUCUCCUUGAAAAGUGACCAUUCCAUGUAUCGACCUAUCACAUUUACAAAUGGUGAUCUCAGGCUUUUGGGAGCAGCAUCUCCUGCUCCAAGCCAACUCUCCUUGAAAAGUGACCACUCCAUGGAUCGACCGAUCUCAUUUACAAAUGGUGAUCUCAGGCUUUUGGGAGCAGCAUCUCCUGCUCCAAGCCAACUCUCCUUGAAAAGUGACCAUUCCAUGGAUCGACCGAUCUCAUUUACAAAUGGUGAUCUCAGGCUUUUGGGAGCAGCAUCUCCUGCUCCAAGCCAACUCUCCUUGAAAAGUGACCAUUCCAUGGAUCGACCGAUCUCAUUUACAAAUGGUGAUCUCAGGCUUUUGGGAGCAGCAUCUCCUGCUCCAAGUCAACUCUCCUUGAAAAGUGACCAUUCCAUGGAUCGACCUAUCACAUUUACAAAUAGUGAUCUCAGUGUAAAACAGGAGAGGGUGUGGUCACCGUGUCUGUCCAUGAAGAGUGAUUGGUCCAUGGACAGGCCCAUUACAUUUGGAAAAGAUGCCAGUGGUAAACAGGAGAGGGUGGGGUCACCGUGUCUGUCCAUGAAGAGUGAUUGGUCCAUGGACAGGCCCAUAACAUUUGGAAAAGUGGCCAGUGAGCUGACAGCCAGUCUACUAACAGAGGACCACUUCAGAUGUUCAGUGUGUACAGAGGUUCUCAAAGAGCCAGUCUCCAUCCCCUGUGGACACAGUUACUGCAGACAGUGCAUUGAGACCUACUGGAACCAGCCUGACCAGACAGGAGACUACGACUGCCCCCAGUGCAGCAAGAGAUUCAGAACACGUCCUGACCUCCUCACUAACUCAGCCUUGGAGAAGGUGAUUGAGAAACUCCACCAGGCAGGGUUCAAGGUCCCUGCUCUUCCCAAGCACUGCUACGCUGGACCUGGAGAUGUGGCCUGUGAUCUCUGCACUGAGAAACAGCUCAAAGCUGUGAAGUCCUGUCUGACCUGCACUGCCUCCUACUGUGAGAGUCAUGUCAGACAUCACUACACCGUAGCAGCUCUGCAGAGACACACCCUGGUGGAGGUGACUGGAAACCUGGAGCAGAAACUGUGCCAGCUGCACCACAGAGCUCUGGAGGUCUUCUGUAAGACAGACCAGGUUUCUGUUUGUGUUCUGUGUGCCUUGCAGGACCAUAGAAACCAUGAUGUCAUAAAGAAUGAGAGAGAUACUGAAGAGGUGGGUGUGUCUAUAGUCUGGACCAGUGUGUGGUAGAUACUGUAGAGGUGG